CGGAGAUCAAACAAUGGUACGUGCCUUCCCUUUCACCACGCGUUCCUGAAGGCGGACCCUGCAUUGCAAACGGCGGCUUCCAGAAGGAAGAACCGCGGGACGCGAAAUGCACCGCAUCAACAAACAGCAUUCGGCGAUCGCAAAGAAAGUCACGCAAGUACAUAUCAUUCGCCAGCGCCUGAGUUCAGGGGAGGACACAUACAGCGCUGGAGCAUAUCAACCGGACAGCACGUCACGUGAAUCCGCGUAACAACAAGACUGACACAAACACGAUGGCGGAUCAGGCGCAAAGCACCAACUUCAAGGAAGCCUUCUCCCUCUUCGACAAGCGCGGCACCGGCCGCGUCGACGGCGACAGUCUCGGCGACUUACUACGCGCAUGCGGGCAGAAUCCCACAUUGGCGGAGAUCAACGACCUGAAAGGUCAAGUGCGCGGCGGUGACUUCGACUUCAACACCUUCCAAACCCUCCUCAACCGACCCGGCGGCUUCCGAGACCCAGGCGAGCCCGAAGAGUACUGCCGCGGUUUCCAGGUCUUCGACAAGGAGCUCACGGGUUUCAUCGGCGUGGGGCAGUUCCGGUAUAUUUUGACGAAUUUGGGGGAGAAGAUGAGUGAGGAGGAGGUGGAUGAGCUGUUGAAAGCCGUGGAUACGAGUAGUGGGGAGUUGAACUAUAUGGAUAUGGUGAAGACGAUUCUCGCGAAUUAGAUGAUGGUAUGCGAGAAGCGAAUUGGUUGGGAUGGGGGGGAUGGUGUCAUGAGUGUAUUGACUCGCACGCGCAGGAGCUUACGGCGUUUUCCGUGUGGUGUGCACAGGUUGUCAGGCUAUGAAAGCGGACGGGAAGUCCAUCAUGGAGCACUUGCUUUUGGCUGCAAACACAGUGUGCUGUGAUGUCCCUCACGAACUGUUGCAUUACACUCAAUCUUGCUAUCCAGACCCUCCACUAUCGUCCAAUACAUCGCAGCCGCAACCACCACGAGCAGAAACAGAGAGGACAUCAGACCGCAUGUAGAGGCAUAGCACUCAUACCCUACUCCUCCUCCUCCUCCUCCUCCUCCUCCUCCCACUCCUCCGCCUCCCUCUCCUCCUUC